AGUGGCACAAUUUUUUUUGCGCAAAAUUCUGCAAAGGACUCUUGACGACGUUCUGCUUCUCAACCAAAACAUCGCGUGGGUAACGCACCUUUUCUUUCUUCUCUCUCUCUUUUAAUUCAAAAUCGUACGUGAGGGCAACACGACUGCAGCAUCAGCCGCUCUCAACCAAUAGAAGGAAAAAAACAUCACUACUGUUGGGUGUACGAAUCACAUUUUUAAAGUGUUCCACAUAUAUUUAUACACUCCUUUAUCAGCAUCUGCAAUUUUACUUCUUUCUUGUCUCCAGCUCAAAGGCUUAUACAAUGCCUUUUGACCUGUUCCAGCGAGACUCACCCUACACCCUCAUUCGACAGGAUGGGUUUACCGUCAGCCUGGCCCAGGCGCUGCGGACGAAACGGUACGUUCUUCUCUUCAUUGCCGGUCAGUGGUGGGCGCCGUGCCGCGGUGUGACCGCGCAGCUGAAGGCCUUUUACACCAAGUUUCACGACGCACACAACUUCGAGGUCGUCUUCCUCUCCACCGACAAGUCGGAAGGCGCGAUGCUCGAUUUUUUCCACGAUGCUCACGGUGACUGGUUGUGCUUGACCUACAAGGACGCGCGUAAGCUGGAGGCGGAGCUGGCGGGGGAUGCCGACCUUCACCCCAACCAGGUCCCCGCGUGUCUCGUGUUUGAGUUGGAGGAGGGAGCCCUCCGGCCAAGCAGCGGCAGCAUCAGCGGUGAGGAUGGGAUGCGGAACACGGAGCCGGAGCUGAACGGCACGCCGGUGAGCAAGCUAACCGUUGCUCCCACUACCCCACCGCAGUCGGUUGCCCGAUUGGUCACCAAGCAGGGCCGUGAGAUGCUCCCGAGAGACAAGGAGGGCGCCCUCUUUCCGUGGUACGACGACGGCUGGAAGUCGCCCUCAACUCUGACGCCUGCAACAUCACUAGCAGCCACGGCGGUGGUGGCGGUCGAUUCGAUCGCAAAGACGAAGCAUGUUGAUGUGGUGCCGCACAGCAACUCGCCCCCGCAUGCAUCCUCCUCUUCUUCUUUAUUGGCGGCCACGCCGUCCACACAGCCGAUCCUCGAGCACCAGCCCACCACUGUUUCGCAGGUGGCAAGCCAUGCAGGUGCUCCAGCGAAGGAGGAGAGCGUUGACGAGACGGAUGGCAUGGCGGAGAAGGCGGUGACCACACCCACUGCUGCUCAGGAGCCCGACGCAGAACUCGUCGCGCAUCACGAGAAGACGACACCGGUAAGUUGUCGGGAGCUCACCUAUUCCAAGAGCCCGUCGUCCGCCGACAAGGUGCAGCCGAAGCCGUCGCCAUCCCGUGUUCUUAUUGUGGAGAAGAAGGUUGUCGUCGCCACGCAAGCAGCUAAAGUGAAUCAUGAAAAGGAAGGCGAGGAAGAAGCGCAGGAGACGAACCGGCAGGCAGACGUAGAGAAGCAGGAAAUACUGGAGACUCAUACAUCAGCGAUGAUGGAGGAGGAUGUGUCAAGUGAGACCUCAGCGGAGUCCGGCGAAGAGGAGGACAGGCAAAGUGCGGACGCCUCCGCUACUUCGCUUGCUGAAGAUGUGGAUGAGCUUUCUGUCGUUGAGAAGGUGGUGCCAGAGACAGCACCGCCAGCGCGGGCGGAGGGAAAAGAUGAUGGCCAUGAUGGCACUCACGAUGUGAAGGAGGAAAACGACUCGAAUCCUAGGAAGAGCACUGGAUGGAGGUCUUUCAUUGGCCUCUGA